AUGGACGGAGGUCUAUUCAAGCAAAUGGAGCAUUUCCAGGUGUGGCGAUUCUUGGGCCUCAUUGUUCUCACUGCUGCCCAGAACAUCACAAACAGCCCACACCCUCAGCCCUCCUACCUGCUCCUGGCUCCCAGAGUCCUCCGACCCAGAGUCCCGCUGUCACUAUCAGUCACCAUCCUCACGUCCUCGCCGGUCACUGUAUCUGCUCAGAUUGUUCAUGGCACACAGACUGUGGCCUCAAUUUCAGUUACAGUUACAGGAGGUUCAACUGAGCUGCUGACUUUCCCGCCAAUCCUCAAGAGCACAUCCAGCUACUCGUACCCCUACAGCCUGGAGGUCAAAGGUCACAUGGGUAGUAUCCAAGUUUUCGCCAACUCCACGAAGCUGCUCUUCAAUCCCAAAGGUCUCUCCACCUUCAUUCAGACAGACAAACAGGCCUAUCAUCCUGGACAGAUGGUGAAGAUCAGGGCGGUGUCCAUUCACCCCGACGGGAAACCCUACAUCAGCCCAGUGAAUAUCACAAUCAAAGAUCCGAGGGGAAACCUGCUACGACAGUGGCUGGCUGCAGACAGCGUCCUCGGAGUCGUGUCCAGAGAGUUUGAGCUGUCUGACAACCCUCCUCUAGGUGAAUGGACCAUUGUCACUACAGUCAGUAAUGUUUCCAGUGAGCAGCAUUUCACUGUGGUUCAUUAUGUGUUGCCUAAGUUUGAGGUUGUGAUAAAUGCUCCAGAUGUCAUCUACCAUGAGGAGACUCUGCGGGGCUCUGUCACAGCAAAGUACAGGUACGGCAAACGCGUCCAGGGACAUGUGAAUAUAAAGUUCCUUUGUCAUUUCCAUGGUGUUGAAGAGACCUAUGAUGAAGACACAGAGAUUGAUGGGUCUAAAGAGUUCAGUUUUGAUGUUCCCUCCUACCGCCCAAUGACCAGAAGAAAAAGGAACAUUGGAUACAUGGAGGAUGAGUUUAUAAUGAUUGUGGCUACUGUGACUGAACAGCCCACAGGCCUCACAUAUAACAGUACAGUAAACGUGGCUGUGGCAACACACAGAUAUAAACUUUCCUUUGACAACUAUCCCAGAAUAUUGAGACCCUCUAUGAACUUCAUUGCCAGGCUGAAAAUAUCCACAUACAAUGAUCAGCCACUAUCAUGGGAGGAUCAGCAAAAGACAAUUAAAGUGUCAGUGAUGCAGCAACAGCAAGGUCCAUGGGAUGGAGAAAUGGGCAUGAUGGAAGGACCAAUGCCUCUUCACUCAAAUAUGUCUGAGCCUGAAGAUAUGGAGUUUCCUGUUCCUGCAGAUGGGAUCAUACCCUUCAACAUCCAGGUCAUGGAUGACACUGAAAUGCUCAGUAUUGAUGUUUCCUUGGAGGACAGCCAAAAUACCCUAGUGCUGUUUAGGAACUACAUAUCCCCCAGUGACUCCUACCUACAGAUCCAGAUACCAUCCAGCCCCCCAGAGGUCAUGUCCAGAGGUCAGGUGCUUUCUGCAGGGAGCAGCUCUGGUGAUCUAACUUUGGUCCCAGAGAUCUCCUGGGCUCCUCUGGCUUGUAUCAUCGUCUACUGUGUGCAGCCCCAAGGAGAGAUCAUCAAUGACAUGCUCCAGCUGCCCAUCAGACAAACCUUACAAAACCAGGUAUCUCUGAGCUGGAGCAGCACUGUGAAAACGCCAGGUGACGAGGUCACUCUGACGGUCAGGGUGGAGGAGCCUGGCUCCCUGGUUGGGAUCCUGGUGGUUGACAAGAUGACACAGCGAAUGGGAUCUUCCAACGACAUCACCCCAGAGAGGGUGCUGAAGGAGAUGGAGGAGUACAGUGUUUCCACACAUGACACUUUCUUUGACUGGUCCAGAAUGGGAGAUCCAUACUCUGUCUUCAAGACAUGUGACCUUGUGGCUCUGACUGAUGCCAGUUUGCAGGUGAUGGAACAGCCACCGACGCCUGUAUAUUCAGCCGAGCAGGAAAUGCAUCCUUUACACCAGACAAAUAUGGAGCCACAAGAGUGCUGGGACUUUCCAGAGACAUGGAUAUGGAUGGAUACUAACAUAAGUAAUUCAGGCACAGCAGAGAUAGAACUAAACGUACCAGACAGCAUCACAACGUGGACAGCCACCGCCUUUGUCAUGUCUGAGAACCUGGGCCUGGGCUUGGUAGAGUGGCCUGCAAUGCUCCUAGUCUCCCAGAUUUUCUUCGUGUUCUUGAAUCUGCCAGCCUCCAUCAUUCGAGGAGAGGUGCUGCUGCUGGAGGUUUUUGUCUUCAGCCACUUUCCACAGGACCUGGAGGUCAUGGUGAUUGUAGACCAGAGUGACACCUUUGAGUUCAUCUCGCCAGACAAUCAGGAGCUCUUCAUGCCCGGUAUACGGUGGGUGUCUGUGGGGAGUGGAAGCGGAGCAUCUGUCCUCAUUCCCAUCAAGCCACUGGUCCUCGGAGAGAUGCCUAUCUCUGUGGAAGCCGUGUCGUCUGACGUUUCUGACACUGUCCACAAAACACUGCUUGUCAAGGCCGAAGGACUGGAGCAGUCGUUCUCCACCUCGCUGCUGUUUGAAGUUUUGCCACCAAAUCUGAGUCUUUCCAAAUAUGUCCUGUUCACCUUCCCGCCAGAUGUUGUGGAGGGCAGCGUGAGAGCAUCAGUCACAGCUGUCGGUGACAUCCUCGGCCCAUCCAUCAGCGGUCUGGACUCUCUGAUCCAGAUGCCUUGUGGCUGCGGGGAGCAGAACAUGAUCAAUUUUGCACCAAACAUCUACAUCCUCAAUUAUCUGAAUGCUACCGGACAGGCUAGUGAGACCAUCACAGACAAAGCCAAAGAUUACAUGAUGAAAGGUUAUGAGCGAGAGCUGUCUUAUCAGAGACCUGAUGGCUCCUUCAGUGCAUUUGGAGAGCAGGACUCAUCUGGAAGCACCUGGCUGACUGCUUUCGUGCUGAGGUGUUUCCUGCAGGCGCGGCCGUUCAUCAGCAUCGACACCCACGUGCUGAACAAAGCGGUGGCCUGGCUAGUAGCUCAGCAGGGCCCUGACGGGAGGUUCAGGGAGCCUGGCCGGGUCAUCCACACUGAGCUCCAAGGAGGCCUGGAUGGGCCAGUCUCAUUCACAGCCUACGUGCUCAUGGCCCUGCUGGAAGACAGUACCAUCACUGCUCAGUAUAGGAGCCAGGUGUCAUCAGCCCUGAAGUUCCUGGAGACCCAGCUGGCUCUGGGAGUCUCCAGUAACUACAGCCUCUGUCUGCUCACCUACGCUCUGGUUCUGUCAGGCAGCCCCAGUGCCACCACGGCACUCAACACUGUGAUUGCACGGACAAAUUUGACAGGCAAUGCGCCAUUGUCAUCCUCAUAUGGUGGCCUGUCGUCAUCAUGGCAGCCUCGCUGUGCAGACAUUGAGAUGGCGUCCUACAUACUGCUCUCUCAGUACAAACUGGGCAACAUCGCAGAGGGCUUGAGCCUCAUGAAGUGGCUCAGCCUACAGCGGACCCACCUGGGAGGAUACGGAAGCACUCAGGACACUAUCAUGGCUCUGCAGGCUUUGUCCACAUUUGCAGUUCUUGGAUCGCCUUCCACCUUUGACCUCAUCAUCACGGUGAACACCUAUCCUUCAGUCACCGUCGCCUUCUUCCCCAUCAACCAGGACAACUACCUGCUUAUGCAGAGUCAGCAGCUGGAGCUAGAGGGGGACCUGGACCUCCAGGUGACUGCAAAGGGUUAUGGACUCGCUCUGUUUCAGAACCAAUAUAUGACCAUGGCAAAAAAAAAACAACUUGCUUGUGCAUUUUCCUUCUUUGUCCUCGUCCCCCAGCUGAACGUGUUUUACAACAUCAGGAACAAUGAGCUGACAGAGAGGAGACGACGAGAUGUCAGCGAACGCGAGGCAUUUCAUCUGGAAGUCAAGCUGUUGGACAAAGAACUAGACUCAGCUGAUCUGUUCAUCUGCAGCAGGUGAGCAGCUCGGCUCUGACACGCACCCAGUUUCCAU